CAGCAUAGCCCACUGAUUUCUUCCAUGCAAUUGUCUCUUGUAAUUCACUGCCAAAGCAUUUCACUUCUCUAAAGCUUUCUUGCUCUUCUCUUUGUUUUUCUCACCUUAUAAUCCCAUUUUUCUUAGGUUUUCUUGUCUGACAAAACCACAUCCCAUUUGUCUUUCAUUAAGAGUUUCAUCAUCACUUUGUUUUCCUUCUCUCUCUCUCUCCCUCUAUCCUUAAACUUUCAUUUUGUUUCCUGACACAAAUAUAUAUACUAGUAGUUAGUAGAUUUUUCAACACAAUGUCAAGCAGAAGAUCACGUUCCAGGCAAUCAGGUGUUUCCAGGAUCACUGAUGAUCAGAUCACCGAUCUUGUUUCCAAGUUGCAACAGCUUAUCCCUGAGCUUCGUGGAAGGCGCUCCGACAAGGUGUCGGCUUCCAAGAUCUUACAGGAGACUUGCAACUGUAUUAGAAGCUUACACAGAGAAGUGGACGACCUAAGCGACCGGUUAUCAGAGCUAUUAGCUUCGACAGACACCGAUAGCGAGCAAGCAGCCAUUAUCAGGAGUUUACUUAUGUAAUAAUCCAGCCUUUGUCAUUCUCUCACGUUUUCCAUAUAUAUCUAGGGUUUGGUGAUCUCAUCACAAGUUGUAUGGUAGUAAUGCAGAACAAGGGUUAAACAAGGGGCAGUUAACCAUGUUAUACAAUCCUUGUCAUCAAGAGACUUGUAUAUUGACCAAGUCUAUCAUAAUAUAUUUAUAAAAUAAAAAAAGAC